CGCGGCCUUUCGCUAUCUGCUGUCCUUCUCUCAUCUUAUUCACACGGCCUCCUUCGAAACGUUAGUCAAACGAAUGCCAAUCAGUCUGCAUCAACCGUCCCGACUCAAGUCGAGAAUCAUGUCGUUCAGAAGCAGCCUGAUUAUCUCCGGCUCUGGAGGCAUGGGAUAUAGCGAGGUAGCUCCCAUCUGCGCCGACCAGAAUGCCCUCACCCGAAUUCCUGGCCUCAUCUUCGAAGUCGGCGACAACGGUCGCAUCAUCGCGCAGCCGGGCACUCCUCAGCUCAAGCUCCUCACUCAGGGUUACGCGAAUGAUACUCCCACCCGCGACAUGGCUAAGCUCAUUGCGCGCCGUGGCGCUGAUCUCCUCGCCGCAUAUCUCAAGGUCGUCGCUGCUGCCAGCAACGGCAAGAACGCCCUGGUCGACCAGAAUCACCACCUGGCCUGGGUUCCCGCGCUGCGAAGCCUGGUCAAGGAGAAGAAGUGGACCGAGUUUCCGGACAUCAAGAACCACCACGUCCAGGCUGUAAUGAUCGCCAUCGGAGAUGCUCGCAAGCGCUUCAUCGACGAACUCACCAUCACCCCCGCUCCUCCCAACCGCGAGCAUUACAAGACCUUCCUCGACCUUGUCGAUCGCUUCAAUGUCGACCGAGUUGGCCAGGCGGGUCCCGCUGGCUCCAUUGCUCCUUCGCAUACCGCUAAUGCAGCCAUCCCUAACACUGAUGCCUCUGUCGUGCCCGCCGUCCCUGCUGCUCAGGUUGCCCCUGCCCAGGCCGCACCUACCAUCCCGUCUGCCUUCCAGAUCUCGGCAGAACAACUACAGUCUACUGCAGACGAGAUGAUUCGGGAUGCUUUCGGUGCACUCCAGAUCAGCGAUCAGCAGAAUGAUCAGACCAGCAACGAUCUCCAGACCUCCGCGGACCAGCUCCAAGCUGCGGUGACCAAGACAAUCCAGGACGCUAUCGAUGCUUUCAACGUCAAGAACAAGGUCAUUGAGACCAUCACUCAGAAGAAAGACCAGGCCAACAAAGCUGCUCAGAUGGCCCAGACCGAGAUCACGGCCCUCAGAGUCAAGUAUGAGACGACCAAGAAGCAGUGCGAGAAAAUGAAGGACGAGCAUGACAAGAUGAAAAAGGAGAACCAGAAGGUAAAGAACAAGAACGUGGAGGCUACGGCCACCGCCGUGGUCGCCUCUUUGACCGAUACCAUCACUGUCGCCUUAACUCAUGCUAUGGCUGAUAUGGAGGCCGCCGAGCAUCACGGCAGCAUCUCCGGCCAGGAGAUGCUGUUCGCCCACAUCAUCGACGACAUCAACGAACUUGAGGCUCUUCGAGGCGGUGAGGAUGUGGAGUGGACUGCCGAUGACUUUGAGGACUACAAGGACAAGCACAACAUCCCAGACUUCUGA